UGAAAAGUCACUAUGGAGACCACCUACUCCGAGUACGAUGAAGAAGGAACACUGGAAGAGGAUCGCCUGAACACACCGCCAGACUCCGAAAGCUAUUAACAUUGUUUGGGCCGUUGGGGCGGUUGGCGGCAAAUCGCCGGCCGGCGGCAGUUGCGUCGCACCCCCGAAGCGUGCCUGGGCGCACGCUCCCUCUCUGCUCCUCCACUCAGAGAGCUGGGGAACGCGGCGGGCGGUGGAACUACAACUCCCGCAAGGCCUUGCGCGUCCAGGGCGCUUUACAAUAGAAGCUCGGUUGGCGAGGUCUGCGGCGCGGUGCCGGAACUGCCGUUUCCCGCAUGUUCAGCUCGACGAGAAGGACGGAUCAGUGGCGGGUGGGGGAGAGACUCCAAUGCCCAGCGGGCCCUGCGCGGGCGGCGCUUGCGCGAAACGCGGACGGGGGGGCGGUCGGGCCAUUUAAAUGUAUGUUUGUGGGUGAAAUGGCUGCGCAGGUCGGAGCGGUUCGCGUAGUACGGGCGGUGGCGGCGCAGGAGGAGCCGGACAAAGAGGGGAAGGAGAAAUCCCAUGUUGGGGUCUCGCCGCGGGGAGUAAAGCGGCAACGCCGGGCGAGCAGUGGGGGUUCUCAGGAGAAGCGGGGGCGGCCGAGUCAGGACCCCCCUCUCGCUCCCCCUCAUCGGCGGCGUCGCAGCCGCCAACAUCCCGGGCCGCUGCCUCCAACGAAUGCCGCCCCAACCGUCCCGGGCCCUGUUGAGCCUUUGCUCCUGCCGCCUCCGCCGCCACCGUCACUGGCGCCCGCCGGGCCCGCUGUCGCUGCCCCGCUCCCGGCCCCAGGCACCUCGGCCCUCUUCACCUUCUCGCCCCUGACGGUGAGCGCGGCCGGGCCCAAGCAUAAGGGCCACAAGGAGCGGCACAAACACCAUCACCACCGCGGCUCCGAUGGUGACCCCGGCGCCUGCGUUCCGGGCGAUCUCAAGCACAAGGACAAGCAGGAAAACGGCGAGAGGAGCGGAGGGGUGCCUCUGAUCAAGGCCCCCAAGAGAGAAACAGCAGAUGAAAAUGGUAAAACCCAGAGAGCUGAUGAUUUUGUCUUGAAGAAAAUAAAGAAGAAAAAGAAAAAGAAACACCGAGAAGACAUGCGAGGAAGACGCCUUAAAAUGUACAAUAAGGAAGUACAAACCGUCUGUGCUGGCCUGACCCGCAUCAGCAAAGAAAUUCUCACCCAAGGACAGCUAAAUAGCACUUCAGGAGUUAAUCAAGAGUCCUUCAGGUAUCUGAAGGAUGAACAGCUGUGCAGAUUAAAUUUGGGCAUGCAAGAAUAUCGGGUGCCCCAGGGAGUGCAGACACCUUUCACAACGCACCAAGAACACUCUAUUCGCAGGAAUUUCUUAAAAACAGGUACUAAAUUUAGCAACUUUAUUCAUGAAGAACACCAGUCCAAUGGUGGUGCUCUUGUCCUUCAUGCUUACAUGGACGAACUCUCAUUUUUGUCUCCAAUGGAGAUGGAGAGAUUUUCUGAGGAGUUUCUUGCUUUGACAUUCAGUGAAAAUGAGAAAAAUGCUGCCUACUAUGCUUUAGCAAUAGUGCAUGGAGCGGCUGCUUAUCUCCCAGACUUCUUGGACUACUUUGCUUUUAAUUUUCCCAACACUCCAGUGAAAAUGGAAAUUUUGGGCAAGAAAGAUAUUGAAACAACCACCAUUUCAAAUUUUCACACUCAGGUCAACAGGACAUAUUGCUGUGGUACCUACCGAGCAGGUCCUAUGCGGCAGAUAAGUCUUGUUGGAGCAGUUGAUGAAGAAGUUGGUGAUUAUUUCCCAGAGUUCCUUGAUAUGUUAGAAGAAUCACCAUUUCUGAAAAUGACUUUGCCCUGGGGUACACUUUCCAGCCUCCAACUACAGUGUAGGUCUCAGAGUGAUGAUGGGCCUAUAAUGUGGGUGAGACCUGGAGAACAAAUGAUCCCCACAGCAGACAUGCCAAAGUCACCCUUCAAAAGACGACGAUCAAUGAAUGAAAUUAAAAAUCUUCAGUACCUACCUCGGACAAGUGAACCCCGAGAAGUCCUCUUCGAAGACAGGACAAGAGCUCAUGCUGAUCAUGUAGGUCAGGGGUUUGACUGGCAGAGUACUGCUGCUGUUGGGGUUUUGAAGGCUGUACAAUUUGGUGAAUGGAGUGACCAACCUCGCAUAACCAAAGAUGUGAUUUGUUUUCAUGCUGAGGACUUUACUGAUGUUGUACAGAGACUCCAGUUAGACCUUCAUGAACCUCCAGUGUCCCAGUGUGUACAGUGGGUGGAUGAAGCAAAACUAAACCAAAUGAGGCGAGAAGGAAUUCGCUAUGCUAGAAUUCAGCUUUGCGACAAUGAUAUCUACUUCAUCCCUAGAAAUGUCAUUCAUCAGUUCAAAACAGUGUCAGCAGUAUGCAGCUUAGCCUGGCAUAUAAGGCUUAAACAGUACCACCCUGUUGUAGAAGCUCCUCAAAACACAGAAAGCAAUUCCAAGAUGGACUGUAGUUUACCUGGAAAGCGAGAAUUAGAAGUUGACUCCCAGUGUGUGAGAAUAAAAACUGAAUCUGAGGAAACAUGCACAGAGAUGCAGCUUUUGACAACUGCUCCGUCAUCUUUCCCACCUCCAUCAGAGCUUCAUCUCCAGGAUCUGAAGACACAGCCUCUUCCAGUUUUCAAGGUGGAAAGUAGACUGGACUCUGACCAGCAACACAGUCUGCAGGAACAUCCAAGCACUCCUGUGUGAUAUGUACAUAUUCAAACACAUUUUUUAACUUUUUUAAAUUUUGAUGUGAAGUUAUAGUUUUAUAACUGGCUUAAGUUAAGUUUUAUUGGAGAAAUCUUGCCUAUAAUUCUAUAAAGAGAAAUGACAUUCCACAAAUGUCAAGCAUAUCUUUUUUACACAGAUUAUGCAAAGCUAAGAGUUGUAUCUUAUCCCGUUAGUACAGUAUGUAAUAGUGGGUCUGCUGCUACUUUCUGUUUUAAGGUGUGAGGUAACAAUUCAAUCUCUUCUUCAAAUCAAAACCAGAAUUCUCUGAUUAGCAGGUUCUCACUUGGUAAAUGAUUCACUUCCCUUGGUUAUAUCUUUCCUUGUCUCUUGCCAUAUUUGCUUUAUGUGGUAGAAAGAUUUAUGGUUUAGUACUUGUGUCUUCAUGGCACCUCGUCAGUUUCCACAGUAAAAUGGCAUUGGUUGCGGGAAAGGCUCCUACAUUUGGUACACGGGCAAGUAAAUUAUUUAGUUCCAGCCGCAAAGAAGACAUAGUUUCUAAAGAAAAUUGAGUGGCUCUCUGGUUUUUAGCACAAGAGGAAGCACAGCACUUUCUGAUCCAGGCUGUCUUUUUGUGUCCGUUAUUUAAAACCCAGUGGAUAUUUCAAUUAAACAAAAAUCUACAGAUGGAUAAUUCUUGGUUAUUCAUUAUCCAUGGCUCAUUAAUUUUUUUCUAGGCUAUAUAGUAACUGUGGAGGCUAUUUUGAGCAAAAGAGAUAAUGUUGACCCGUUGUUCUGCUUCCUAGUAUCCUCACAUUUCCUGUGGAUAUUUUUUCUAAACUGAUCACAAAUAUCAAAAUUAGAGAUUCAUAUCAGUCUUACUGAUGAGGCCUGCCAUAUCUGAGCAUCAAACUUAGGAGAAACUAUUCUUGUGACUUGGCAUCUACUUUUGAAAUCUUCACAAUUUCUCCGGUGAAUUCCUGGGUUUGUUCAUUGUUAGUCAUGUUGCUAUUUUCUAGUAACAGGCAUUAGACUUCCAUCCUAGAGUUUCAGGUGGGCUGAAGCUUAGGGUCUGGAUAUUUACUUUGUUUUCAAUACAGGCCUUCUUUCAAUAGGCUUCCUUCAUAGAAGUAGUGGUCUUUCUCUUAUUUGGAAUGUUCAUGUGCUAUGCAUUCUACUUUCUCUUAGUUGAUAACUCAGUAGGCCUUUUAUUUACUAAAGGAAGAGUACUCCCCACACCUAAGACCAGAUUCUUGUAUCUACCUGGUUACAGUGCAAUUUGAUUUUUUUUUUUCCUGGAUGGUGAGAUUUGAAAUAUUUGCAUUAACAUAGGCAAAAGAAAAAGAUGCUGCUUUACUAUGUCUGUCACCAUGGAACUUAGCUGCAUCUUUGGAAAUAUCAAAUAUGAAUUUUCUCUAAAAAUAUUCUGAAAUAGGUUAAAUCUUAUAUAAAUAUUACUUUGUGCAAUAUUGUUGUGUAGUUAAAUGCAUAUUAGCAAAGUAUAGAGGUCACUGUGUAAACCGAUAGAAAAGUAACCAUCAGCAAAUACUACAGUGAUUAGUUAGAAUCUGUAUUAUUCCUUAUAUAUAUGUAUAUGUAUGUAUUCUCUGUUACAAAGGAUGAAGACAAAUAAAUAGGGAAACACUUCAAUGUAAACCAUUUAUGAAUUGGAAGUGAUGUUGCUUUUAGUUAUCUUUGUAAAUAAGGUAAUUAGAAUGGUGUGAAAGGUCAUGUGAUUAUUACAGGGGUGUUUUUAAAUCCUGUGUAUAAAUUCUAGUUUAUCAAACUAGUUUUUAAGGGACCUUUGAGGGUAUUUUUUGUUGUUGUUACUUUGUGGAGAAGGGGUUUAUCACAAAAUGAAUGGGUUUGGGUUAUUUCUUAUUUUUAUUUUUUCUGUCCAGAAGAAUUUCAUAGAGCUUUACCAGGCUGUGCAAAGAAAAAUUCUUCUCAGGCAACCUUUGCUUUUAAAAGUAAUCAUGAAGAGAAAAAGUUGUUAACGCAAAAAGUUUUAUUUUUGUUUUUCUUGUCUUCCAAGAUCCGAUUUUCCCAUCUCCCACUUGCCAUCCAGCAGAUGCCAUCUGUCAUCUAAGCUGGUCAUUACCUAAAACCAAGGAGACUGUCUCCUGACAGCCAGCACUGUGUGUAAUCACUCAGGAACCAGCGGAUCUGCAAAGACCUACAAUCAAACGCAAAUCUCCAUUUUCCUUUUUACAAAACAGUCUACCCUCACCUCCAGUAUAAACAAUAAAAGAAUAUAAAAAUGUUGAAAA